GUUGUUUUGACGUGUGCGUGUAACCUUAUCAAACGCGCUUCACAAAACAUAGCUUCACAAAUUAGUACUAAACGUACUGAAUCUUCGACACAGUACGUCCCAUCACGACGUCACGAACUAUUCAAUCCCGUGUCCGUAUAAACUCGUCUUGGUGACGUUGAAGCUUCUCGAGCUAGCUUAGUUUGGCUUGCUAGCAGCUCACCAAAAGACGCGUAUGUUUUUACAUAUCGCGAAAUCGACAUCAAGUGUGCGUGUAAGCGUUGUGAUUAUCGUGUGAAAAUGUGUGCAAAAAGUGUAAAACAAGAGUUCGAGGAGGAACUUUGUGGAACAAACGAGGAGAAAGAGCGACGACCUCUACUGGACGCUGUUUUCAAAAAGCCUCAAGAUGGGUUACACAGAGCAGACAUCAGUGAAGAUCUUCAUUCCGAAAAGCAGGAGUGGCGCUCCAGGGUGGAGCAGCAGGAGCCAGAGCGUAGCCACAUUAAAGAGGAAGAGGAGGAGGCUGACGUCACCAAGUUGCCGUUCACUUGUGUCAUUGUGAAGAUUGAAAACGAUGACGAAGACGAGUGCGAUGAAGACCAAUGUGGAGGAUCACAAGCAGACAGCCUCUUGGCUCCUCUAUCAGACAGUGACGACAUUACGUCACACUCUCAUGACGAUGACGAGGAUAAUGAUGAUGAGGAUGAGGAUGAUGAUGAUGAUGAACACCCUAGAGGUGAUAUGACAUGUCACACUGACAACAAACAUGUGAAAUGUUAUCAGUGUGGCAAAACCUUUUUCAACAAGUCAUCGUUGAAAAGACACAGGAGAACGCACACUGGAGACAAACCGUUAAGUUACUCAGAUUGUGGUAAAAGAUUUGCUGAGAAGGCUGCGGGUAAACCUUUUGCCUGCUCAGUUUGCCCCUUAAGUUUCCGCAGGCGUUGCAAUUUAAUUACACACACAAGAACACACACCGGAGAGAAACCUUUUGCCUGCCUGGUUUGUUCAAAAAGAUUUGCACGUAAAGGACCUUUGAACGUUCACAUGAGAACGCACACCGGCGAGAAACCUUUCGCCUGCUCACUUUGCAGUAAAAGAUUUGCUCGUAAGGCACAUCUGAACAUACACACGAAAACACACACAGGAGAAAAACCUUUUGCCUGCUCAGUUUGCAACUUAAAUUUCAGUGAACGUUCAGGAUUGGUGCUACACAUGAGAACGCACACUGGGGAAAAGCCCUAUUCCUGCUCAGUUUGUGGAAAAAGAUUCGCUCAAAGUCGCAAUUUGACGACACACAGAAGAACGCACACUGGGGAGAAGCCAUUUAGUUGCAGUGUGUGUGAUGAACAAUUCUCUUAUAAGUAUCAGAUGGUCAAACAUAAGUGUGCGGGUAAGAAGAGCAGUGGUCAAUGAAGCUGCAGAACUUUAAGUGAAUUGCGACAAAAGACCAUGGACUAUCAAGCUCAGAAAGUUUUAAGUAUUUACGGUAAGAUGGAAACCCUGCAUAUUUGUGUUUCGGCAUUUGCCUAUUCGCAUAUUUCUUUUGCGGCCUAUAAUCCUUUAUUUGUUGAAAAACUCACCUGUUCAAUGUUUUGUGCUCAGGCCAUACCAAUAAAAGCAUUUCUUUGGUGCCAUCUUGUUGCUAAGGAACUAUCCAUACAUCCGUUUUCUGUACCGCUUUAAUCAAAUAGCACAAGGGUCGCGGGCGAGCUGGAGCCUAUCCCAGCCAUCUUUGGGCGAGAGGCGGGGUACCCCCUGAACUGGUCAUCAGCCAAUCGCAGGGCACAUAGAAGCAAAUAACCAUUCGCGCACACAUUCACACUUAAGGGCAGUUUAGGGUCUUCAAAUCAACCUACCACACAUGUUUUUGGGAUGUGGGAGGAAACCGUAGUGCCCGGAGAAAACCCACCCAGGCCUGGGCCGGGAUUGGAACCCCGGUCCUCAGAAAUGUGAGGCAGAUGUGCUCACCAGUCAUCCACCGUGCCGUGCCAAGGAACUAUGUUGAUUUAAAUCGAGUAGCUUCAUUGAGACAACAGUAAAGCUUUGAUGCCAUCUUUGUAUCUAUAGGCAAUUAGAGACCUUCUUAGGGGGGUGUAAGUUACU